AUGUAUAUUCUCUUGCGCCAAUCAUCAAACAUUGUGUGCGUGUAUUCAACAAAAAUCAAAAGUCACAAACAACAGUCUGUACACAUCAAGCACACUGUACCUUUACGUCACCGUCCUAGAGGGAGAGGGAGAGGGACAGAGAGUACGGCCUUCAAGCGGCGGUGGCGACGGCGGAGAGGAUUAAAGAAAGUGGAUCACAUGAAUGGCACCACAGCGAUUUUCACCAGAGCCCACGUCUCCAGAAUUCGAAGCUCUGGAUUCUGGAGGCGGAAUCUGAUGAACGAAAAACAGGAGGGAAUGAAAAAAGGGAAUUAA